CACACACACACACACACACACACACACACACACACACACACACACACACACUUCGACAGACAGAAACUGGAUGCUUCGGCAGCAGGGACACGGCACAACUUUAUUUCAAGAACUCAGAGGAACACACAAUGAAAAGUCAUUUAGUUGUACCUGCAUGUUUGGUGCUGCUUUGGACGCUGACAGCCGCUGCGAUACAAGUCGAAAGUCUCUCUGAUGGGAUUAAGGUUUCCUGUGGUGCCGCCGUUAAUCUAACAAAAAAUGGCCACCAAGUAGGAAAUACUUUGAAAUACAAGGAUGAGCACACCGGAGAGUAUGCCUGUGACAAAGAAAAUAUCUAUGUGAAAUUUCGGACCUGUGACAACUGCGUGGAGUUUGACAUGGGCACAAUAAUGGGAUUAGCUAUUGGAGACGUGGUGGCUACGAUCGUGAUAGGAGUGGCAGUCUAUAUCAUUGCAUCUAAGACUCAGAUUGGUCCAACUACCUCUGUCAAGAAAAGCUCUGACAGACAGCAUCUUGUUCCAAAUGCUGCCAGAGGGGGGGCAUCCCAUGAUCUUUACCAGGAUCUGAAACCUCGCCAGAGAGACACGUAUGAUGAGCUGAACCGCAAAAGAUAGAAGGGGCUGUGGUCAACCCCCCCCCCCCCCCAUUAAAAGCUUACAUCUGCAGAAGGGAAAAGUAUUACCCUCAUGUAAUUUGCUCUGAAUGAUGCUGUUAUAGCUUUCCACUCAACAUUUAUAUUAACUACGCCUGUAAGAUAUUGCUCUUUAUAGACCUGAAUGGCACUGUAUAUCUUAGUCAGGUGUUUAUCAGACUCUCUUCUUAUUUUGAUAAGAUUUUAAUUGAAAUAGUUUGUCAUUUUUUUACGUUUUCCUCUCUCCAUACUGUAAGUGCGGCUUGAAAAUGUUCAUUGAAACAAAAGUGACAUUGCAAAAUAAAUAAAAAUUAAGAACAAAA